GCAACACGUCAUAACUAGUGCCAAAACAGAACAAACCACGUGAUGUACCUCAUUUCUAAACACAGCGGAAUUUCUGCUUUUAGUUAGCUGCAGUGUUUGCUUUAAAUUGUUAUAACGCUUUACUUAAGCAGAGAUGGAAGUGGAAACGGCACGACCUUAUUUUUUCGGUGAUAUCGGUUUCUGGGCAGAGAGGACGGAGGUUCAUAAGGCCGCGUGUCAGGGUCAGGUGUCGGAGCUGCAGAGUUUGAUCCAGAGCGGAGCUUCAGUAAAUAUCGUGGCCGUGGACUCCAUCACUCCGCUGCACGAGGCGGCCGCGCGCGGACAGACGCAGUGCGUGAGGCUGCUGCUGGACGCCGGGGCUCAGGUUGACGCAAGGAAUGUGGACGGCAGCACUCCGCUGUGUGAAGCCUGCUCUAUUGGGAACUUUGAGUGUGUGAGGCUUCUUUUGGAGUAUGGAGCAAAGGUCAACCCCAUGCUUACCUCACGGACCACCUCCCCUCUGCACGAGGCCUGCAUGGGAGGUAGUGCAGAUUGUGUGAGGUUAGUGAUUGCUAAAGGAGCCAGUCUGGAGGCCUAUGACCUGUACUACGGUACUCCUCUACAUGUGGCAUGUGCCAACCGGCACCUGGAGUGUGUUAAAGAGCUACUGAAUGCAGGUGUGCAAGUAAAUGCCACUCGGCUACACGAGACGCCCUUACAUCACGCUGCCAAGUCCAACAAUGUGGAUAUGAUUGAGCUGCUGGUGGAGUUUGGGGCCAACAUUUACGCCCGAGACAAAUAUGACAGGAAGCCAGUCAACUACACAAAGCCAGAUACUCCCUCAGCACACUGUCUUCAGCUUUAUGAGAGUAGCCCUCUGUCUCUGCAGCAGCUGAGCCGUAUCGCCCUGAGGACGCUGUUGGGCGCCCGAGCCGUGGAUGUGGUGGCCAAAUUGGAUAUUCCCAACCGUAUUAUCAGUUAUCUCUUAUACCAAUGAAAUCUUUAAAAGCCCACCCAUGCUAGGAAAGACUUUUUACCUCCGAUGCACAAACACUUGAACCACUGAAAUCUACCGCAACAGUAAAUAUUAGUUAUAAUGGCACUCUAGAGCAUUAAAGGUGAACUAUGUAAUUUUUUUUAUGUUAAAAAUGUAUCUAAAUUAUUAUUCUUGCAAUUUUAUAUAGAAAUUACACACUUCACCUUUUCAAAGAAUAGUUUGCUUGGAAAGGAAAAAUCUGUCAUUAUUAAAAUGCCCGUAUUAUGGGUUAUGAAUAGUUUUUAUUAAUGUGACCUUAUUUGUUCAGUGACUCCCAAACGAUUAAUUCAAUGAUUCAUUCAGUGCAUUUCAUUUAAAGCUUGUGGGCUUGUAACAGAUCCAGCAGCAGCACCUAGUGGCAAAGAAUGAAUGUGCAUGUUCUCGAAAAGAGCAACAAGAGGCCAGUCAAUAUAUUAAUGUUUUAUUUUGAGAUAAAACUAGCUCAUUUCAUAUGAGGUGCACUUUCUGGUUUAAAACCUUGCAGGAUGCUUUCAUUAAUUUAAAGCUGUCCUUUUGGGGCACUAUAACUCAGUUUCAUGACUUUAUCCCAAUGGGGUCCAAAAUAACCUUUAAUCCCCACCGUAUGGACAAAAAGCGCUGAGAUAUUUUACUAAAUGCCUUAAUAGAGGUAGCAAAUGACAGAAUUUUCCAUUUUGGGCAGACUGUGCUUUUAAGUAACAGAAGCACAUAAGAUUACAUAAAUAGGAAGCACUUCUUAAUAGCACUUCUUGGCAGAACAAUCUGGCUUUUACUGUGAAAUAUGUUGUCUUAAUAUGUCUGAAGUGAAUUUAGGGCUGAUUGAAGCCGUUAUAUGUAAGCUAAAUAUUGCCGGAAAGAAUGAGCGCGAGAUGGAGAGACAAAAAAAAGAGGAAACACUUAAUCUGGCAGCUGUCUACGUCCAGGAACGGAGAAACGUCAGUACAGUAGUCGCUGGGAUGACAGGCGCUAUGCACAACACACAGCACUGCUGGAACGGAGCAUGUUAACAUCCUCAUGCUCUCGUUAGAGAUUUAUUAGAAGAGAUCACAAAGUUUUAUUGGAAACACUGGUAUCCUUGAGUUAUACCACUGUUUUGUGUUCUGCUAUAAAGAGAUGGACAGAAACCCGUUUACAGCAGCGUUUUAUUGCAGAAAGCGUUGUAUUAGUACACCGGUUGUGCAAGUCAGGUGAAAGAUUUAAUAUAGUCUGUAUGUUUGAUUUCUUUUGAUUCCGAAUUAAGGAAAAAAUGAGUUUAGAAUAUCAGAAUAUUCUGCAGGAAAAUACAUCAUAUUAUUUAUCUUCACCAAAAAUACAAGAAUUUGCAGACGUACACAAAAAUAAUGAGGUAAUGAAAGAUAAUGUGCGCUUAUGAAUUGCAUAUGCAGACAAAUUACAGCAUGCACAAUACUGUUUGGGGUCAGUAAUGUUCUGUUUUUGAAAGAAAUUUAGAAAUUUUGCUUUUAUGUAGCUAGAAUGCAUUAAAUUGAGAGUGAAGACAUUUAUAAUGCUACAAAUGACAUCUAAUUUACUUUUAUCUAUCAAACAACACAAAAAAUAAUGUUUGUGUGUAUAAUAUAAAUAUAUAUAUAUAUAUAUACACACACACACACACACAUUAAACGAUAUGUAUGUAUACAUAAUAAAUAUAUACAGUAAAUGCAUUAAACAGUAAACAAAACUUUUCUUUUGGAUGCACUAGUUUAUAUAUAAUGUUACAGACCCCAAACUUUUGAUCAGUAGUAAUUGUAUAAAAUGACAAAGCAAAGGUUUUAACUCUAUGCAGCUUCUAUUUAUUAAUAGAAACUCUUAUUUUAAGCCGGAGUUCAAAUGAUUUGCUCCAGUGUUGUUGUUUUUUUUUAAUGCACUAUUCCUUCCCUUAAGGACUUGAAAGGGUGUCAGGAUUAGUUUUGUGGGUUUGACCCGCUGUUUUCCAAGUUCACUAUAUCCGGCCUCCUCUUAUAAAGUACCGAAUGUUUUAUAAAUAGCAGCUAGACCAGAAAUAGAAUGAAGUCCAAGUGCUUGUGCUCUCAGUGAUCUGGAGAAAUGAGUUCAGGUCUUCAUGAGCGCUGGAUCUGACCUGAAGCGGAGCAGCAGGGAGGGCAGGAAUGUUGUUAUUAGAGCGCUAACCCUCUUCUGAUAUCAAGCUUACAGAGACACGACAGCUGCUAUUGAAAGAAUGCUUUCUUAUCCCACUCUCAUCUUAAAACAGCCUUUAAAGGAUUGUUGUUUUAUCUUGAACGCUCUUAAUUGUUUAAAGAGUUCAUGGAUGUUCUGUACUAGAUAACCUGAAAGCUUGGACAUUUUUGGUCUUUUCGAUCCACUAUUCCAAGGCAUGAAUAUUUUUCACACAGGCUUAAAGUAUUCGGUGCUAUAAGGUUUAUUGUUAUACUGUUCAGAAUUCUUGCUUAAUGCUCAUUAUGAUUAUUAAAGGUAAUUAGGUCAUUGUGAAGUAAAUGUUUACAGACAA